AUGUCCCCCAUCCCCCAAGCUUUGCCUACCAAGGACCCUCAUGUUCGCCUCCGCUUUCCACGCAAGCUUUUUUCCUCCUCUUCUCGCAUGGAUGCGGUUUGCGCCGAUCAGCCUCGUAAUCCCCUAGAUUUCCCUGCUACAUCCCCUUUACCUCAUCCACUUAGGAUGACACCAGACAAGAACUCUCGAUCCAUACCAGCACCACCCAAUCCUCUGCCAUCAGCACUUCCCCAAUCCUCAAAUCCCGCUUACAUCGACUAUCGACUUGGUGGCCCCUUCACACAGGUCCUGUGUCGCCGACCAUCGUCGAUGUCCCUCUCGCGCCGGGUAGACUGGUAUCGGUACGCCGCAGCGGGUGCUCCAAGAGAUGAUGAUAGCCUGAUACGUGAUGAGGAUUAUGUUUCUCCUCCUCCUUCCCCCAAUCCUGAACAGCAUGGUCGGUUUUGUUUCUGCUUCUAA